AUGAUGUCUUACUCGCACUCGUCUCCGCUCCGCCCCUCCGCGCCGCACGCGCUCGACGCGCACCAGCGAAAGUCCCCCAACCCCCGCCUCCCGCCGGCGCCGUCCAUCCGCCCUUCCGCGCCCCUGCGCCUGCGCCUGGCCCGGCCGGGCCUGCGCCGCACUCCCCGCUCUCCGUGUGCGUCCCUCUCUCCGCCCCUCCCGUCUCCCACCCGCAAUCACACCCUCCAGUCACACCCGCCACAGUCACACGCACCUCUAUCGCGCCCCACUCACUCCCCGCCCAGGUACAGACCUCCCCCGCAAGGCCCCCCUGCCACUGCCAAGCCCGCAGGCGGGGCAACCGGGGGAGCAGCAGGGGGGGCAGGAGGGAGGCUGCCAGGCGGGGUGAUAGGAGUGGGGGUGAGUGCAGCAGCGGGAGGGGCGUUAAUGGUCGUGGCGGGCCAUAGUGGACUGGACAAGAUGGUGGAGGGUUACAAGCUGGCGGGCUGGCUCAUACUGACUCUCCGCUCUGUGUUUUCCAUGCUGCAACAACCAGCGGCAGGAAUCAUGGAGGGCAUAGUGGACAAGGUGGUGGAGGGAUACAAGCUGGCAGGGCACGGCUCCUACAGCCUCGGCUCGACUCUUCCCUUGCUGCAUUGCAUGUGCCAUUUGGUAACUAUGCUUACACCAGUGGCAGGACUCAUGGAGGGCAUAGUGGACAAGGUGGUGGAGGGAUACAAGCUGGCAGGGCUGGUGCAGCAGCUGGCAUUACACGGUUACCAAGUGCUGGCGCUGCGCAUGCUCCGUGCUGCCCUUUGCGCUGCGCUGGCUGGCAGCAUGAGUCUCCUCCCCAUUCUCUCCCUGCUCCCAUCCCUCCCCGCAUUGCCUCCCCACGUUUCCAUUCCAGGCUCCAUGCUGCCCUUUGCGCUGCGCUGGCUGGCAGCAGAGCUGCCUCACCCCAUGGGCAACCCGGCCCUCACAUUGGAGCGAUUAUGCACCCUGCAGGCGUACUGCACAGCUAAGCAACCCGACCGCAUGGGCAAUCCAGCUCUCACACUGGAGCGACUAUGCGCUCUGCAGGCAUACUGCACAGCACAGCUAAGGCGGCAGGCAGUGCGGCACGCGCUGGUCUCCCACCACCUGGCCCAGCGCGACUACCCCACCGCGCUCCUCUGGCUGCAGCGGCUCCUGCGUUACGAGCCAAGCAACGCCGCCCUGAUCUCGCGGUACGGCCUCGUUCGGCUGCAGCUGGGGGACAUGGAGGGGGCGAGCGCCGCGUUUGGAUUGGUGGAGAAGAUGGUGGUGCAUCGCGAGGUGGAGAUGGAGAGUGAAGGGGGGAGUGGGGGAGGAGGAGGGGAGGAGGCGGGGGAGGGGGAGGGAGGAGGGGAAGCAACAGGAGAUGCGAGUAACACAGCAGGAGCAGGAGCAGGAGGGGCAGGAGCAGGAGCAACAGGAGCAGGAGGAGGGAGCGAUGGGGGUGUGGGGGCAGGGCGGGUGACAGCAGCAAAUGUGGGGGAGAUGAAGAGGCUGUUGCAGCUGAACAAGGCUCUCGUGCACUUUGCUCGCAAGGAGCAUGGGCAGGCGCUGCAGCUGUUCACUGCGGUGACUAAAGAGGAUCCCACCAACUCCGUUGCUGCGAAUAACAAGGCCCUCUGCCUGAUGUACGGCCGAGAUCUCGCGACGGCGGUGCAGGUGCUGGAGGACCAAUUGCAGGCAAGCCCGCUGACAGCUGUCGACGAGACAGUGGUGCUCAACCUGUGCUCCAUGUACGAGCUGGCGGCGUCUGACACGCUCAACGCCAAGAGCACGCUCAGCAACUGGCUAACCCGCCUCGCUCCUGACGACUUUGACUUUGCCUGCACUCGGCUGUAG